AUGGCGUCUUCCGCAUCACCGCCGGCCUCCAGGAGACAAGAGUCACAUCUCCAACCUGUACCUGUAAACAACCAAGUUGUCGAAGCAGGGGAAGGCGAGGGGAUGAAGGUGUGUGGCAAAGGGUCUGUGAACACAGAGAAAGUGGUCCUCUCUGACGUGUGGUAUGUCCCAGGGCUCAUUGCGAACUUUGUGUCGGUGGGGCAGCUAACUGAAGAUCACAAUCUGAUUGUUCAGCUUGGUGGUGGAAUGUGUCGCGUCAACAAGAAGAGUGAUGGGUCUGUUCUCGGUAGAGCACCUUUGAGGCCUUAUAGGAAGUAUGCAGUAGAUUUUCUGAAAAUUGAGCUGAAUUAA